AUGAACGAGCCCUCACGCGCGCGUCGUGAAGGGCAUCGCGACCGGUGGACUUGCGGCGUGGACGGCGUAUGCGAGCGCAAAGGACCUCUGCGCGUCGUCAAAGUGUGCACCCUGGCGCGCACGUUCGUAGGUAGACCGCGCGGACACGAAAAAAUAUAUAUUUCCUCAACUCUACUACACGCGCAUCCCUCGCGCGAGCGACGACACGUCGACUGUGUGCUCUCGCCAUCGCUAUUCGGACGCACGAUCGACUCAGCGUCUCGAGACGCGCCCGUCAACGAAAAAACCGCCGCGUUCAGGCGCGUAGCGAAGUGCGGUGGAGGCAUGCGUGUCCAGGCGUUAAGAUAUCUACCACAGAGGCGCGCCAAUCCCCCAAGAUCGCAAGACACGCGCCGGCGCGAGGAUCACGAGCGCGACAUCCUCGACAUCACACGCGCUCCCUCGCGAAAUUCGCGCCGACGCCGUAAAAUCUACGCCGAUCUACUUAUUCCGUCUGUGCGAGCGCUCCGCCGCAUCACGGAACGGGCUACGCAAUGUCGACCUCUCAACCGGCAGAACGGGGAUGGGGACUACAGCCCGGAUCUAUACUACCAGCAGCACCCCGCAUCACAUCCAGCUGCGCGACAAAGCUUACCAGCCCGACGUAGACUCACUCACGACGCCGAGUGCUGCGAGGUUCACGUCGGCAGCACGACACCUACACACCGCAAGCAGAAUGUCAGCACCGCGCCGCGCCAGAGAACGCGUCGCGGCACCUCACCUGUGAGGCUCUAG